AUGGAUGCCAUCAUCAGUCGCUUAUGGAAGAUUGCCUUCACCGCCUCCAGUAUUCUGCGCACACACAUCCGCCAGCACUCCGGAGAGCGGCCCUUCAAGUGCAAACACUGCGGCAAGGCCUUCGCCUCCCACGCCGCCCACGACAGCCACGUCCGCCGGACCCACGCCAGAGACAAGACGCACCCGUGCGACCUGUGUGGAGCCGCUUUCCAGGAGGAGCAGGAGCUCAAAUACCACAUGAAGAGCCACAAAAAAAGACAGAUCGUGGACAGCAUCGGUGCUCCGUCCUCUCCUGGGAGCAGAUUGCAGGAAGACUCUGCAUUUCCAGUGAAAGACCAUCCAAAAAUACAGAAGAACACCGGACCAACCUUCCCCUACUCCAGGUUGACAGUUUUAAACUCAGAAUAUAGGCCCUGGAACUAGACUGCAUUAUCCUCAGUCAACUAUUCUAAUCUGGUGAUGGAGAUUUUUAGAAGCUGCAAAAAUCCCAAAAAGAUGAAAUUAAAUUGUCGUGAGACCAUGAAAGGUAAAAUACCUGCAAGAACUUGUGGGCUUUCUUAAUAUCACUGCUGCAUAUAAAAACGGAUAUCAGUUGUAUAGGCCUUUUCAGAUGGGUACAUGAUAAUUUAAAUUGUUAGGAAAAUGUGUUUACAUCUAUUUAUAUUAAUGUGUUGUGUGUUCUGUGGCUUAAAGCUUUCACUCUGCA